CGCAUGGCAUUAACUCUUUAGACACAUUCUUGAUUUUUCUUGGUUCUAAAAAAUGGAAAAUUCAGAAGAUACAGAUAGUACUGACAAUGAAAGUACAUCAAAUAAAAAUACAAAUGAAGAAGCAACAUUUAAGUCUUUGGGUGUUGUUGAUGUUUUAUGUGAGGCCUGUGACCAGUUGAAAUGGAAAAAUCCAACUGCCAUUCAAAAGGAAGCAAUUCCUAUUGCUCUUGAAGGCCAAGAUAUUAUUGGAUUGGCUGAAACAGGUUCUGGGAAGACUGGUGCUUUUGCCAUACCUGUUCUGCAAGCUUUGUUAAAGACUCCACAGCGAUUUUUUGCGUUAGUUCUAACACCGACUAGAGAACUUGCUUUCCAAAUUGGAGAACAAUUUGAAGCCUUAGGCACAUCCAUAGGAGUUAAAACAGCUGUUAUUGUGGGUGGCAUAGAUAUGAUAACACAGAGCUUAACAUUGUCAAGAAAGCCACACAUAAUAAUUGCAACUCCAGGAAGAUUAGUUGAUCAUCUGGAAAAUACUAAGGGUUUUAACCUCAAAGCACUUAAAUUCCUGAUUAUGGAUGAAGCUGAUAGAAUUUUAGAUAUGGAUUUUGAGCAAGAAGUAGACAAAAUAUUGAAAGCUAUACCUCGAGAAAGACACACUUACUUGUAUUCAGCUACUAUGACCCAAAAGGUAAAAAAAUUACAACGAGCAUCUCUAACAGAUCCAGUAAAAGUAGAAGUAUCGAAAAAAUAUCAGACAGUUGAAAAACUUCAGCAGUAUUACUUGUUUAUUCCUUUAAAACAUAAAGAUGUGUAUUUAGUUCAUAUUUUGAAUGAGCUUCCUGGAGAUUCUAUAAUGGUAUUUUGUGCUACUUGUGCAAAUACUCAGCGAACUGCUUUUCUACUUAGAAGUCUUGGAUUUACAGCCAUUCCUUUGCAUGGGAAAUUGAGUCAGGCAAAAAGAUUUGGAGCAUUGCAAAAGUUUAAAGCUAAAACAAGAUCAAUAUUAAUUGCAACUGAUGUUGCUAGCAGAGGGUUGGAUAUUCCACAUGUGGAUGUUGUAAUCAAUUUCGACAUUCCUUCCCAUUCAAAGGAUUACAUUCAUAGAGUAGGAAGGACUGCUAGAGCUGGCCGUGGAGGAAAAGCUAUUACAUUUGUUACUCAAUAUGAUGUUGAACUUUAUCAGAAAAUUGAAAGUUUGAUUGGAAAGCAACUUCCAUUGUAUUCCACUGUAACUGAAGAAGUAAUGGUUCUUUUAGACAGAGUCACAGAAUCUCAAUUGUUUGCAAAUAAGGAAAUGAAAGAACUGGAAGGCAAAGAUAAAAAAAGGAAACAUAAGAAUGCUGAUGAAGAUGAUACAGAAGAAUCAAAAGGUGUAAAAAAUAGGUUUAAAAAGAAAAAAUUAAAACACAAAUAAGUUGAAAUGAUUUAAAAAUUCUGUAAAUAAUUCAUUUUUGUAUUUUGUUUCCGAAUAUAAAAAUAAAAAGUG